AUGGAACAUCAACGUGACAGAGCCUCCAGCUCCAUUAACUGUCCACCAUUAUUUGAUGGAGAAGAUUACUCACAAUGGAAGAUUAUGAUGAGGGCAUUUCUCUACUCUCAAGAUGAAAAUAUGUGGAAUAUAGUAGAAAUUGGUUGGGAACAUCCAACCAUGGCAGAAGACUCCAAGAAAGAAGAAGUGAGUUCUGCAAGAAUUCCUAAGCCUAGAAAGGAAUGGACAAAGGAGGAGGUUCGUGACAGAAAUUGUGAUUUCAAGGCACAAAAUUCAUUAGUCACAGCUCUAUCCAAGAAGGAGAGAAUGAGAAUCAGCCACUGUGACACUGCCAAACAAGCAUGGGAUCUUCUCCAAGUCACCUAUGAAGGUAAUAAAAAGGUUAGAGGGCAGAAACUUCAACGACUAGUUUUGGAAUUUGAGAAUAUGUCAAUGACUGAAGAUGAAUCAAUCGACGACUUUCAUGCUCGGCUUCUCAAUGUGACAAGUCAAUGUCGGAGCUUGGAUGAUCCAUUUGAGGAGCACCGAAUUGUCAAGAAGCUUCUUAGGUCUCUUCCUUCAAAAUUCCAGGCCAAACAGAUUGCCAUUGAGGAGGCUCAGGAUCUAGAUACCUACACUCUUGACGAAUUGGUGGGAAAUCUCAAAACUUUUGAGAUGAGACUCAAACCGGAUAAAAAGGUAAAAGAUGUUGCUUUUUCUUCCAUUAAUGAUAAAGAUGAUAUUGUUGAUGAUUCUAUGGAUUUAACUUUGUUGACAAAAGAGUUUAAAAAAUUUCUGAAUGAUAAAAACUCAUUUGGAAACACCUCAAGAAACUUUUCUGACACAAAGAGAGGUCAAGAAUUUGAGAAUCGUUUUGAUAAAAAUUCAAAGUUUGCCAAAUUUGCUCAAAAGAAAAGUUUUCCUGACAAACCUAAAUGCUAUGAAUGUGGUGGAAUUGGACAUAUUGCUGCUAACUGUGGUAACAGGAGAUAUAAUUCACGUGGCGACAAAGCUUUAAAAUCCACAUGGAAUGAUAGUGAUGAAGGAUCUCAAUCGGAUUCUGAAGAGGUAAAUCUUGCUCUUACUUCUUCCCUUAAUAUUGAUUUAUCCGAUGAGUCUGAUAUUGAAGUUGAAGCUUUUGAUGAGGAGACGAAUGAAAAGUGUAAGCAAUUGUACAAUGCUUCAAAAAUUGUUCUUAAGAAAAAUUUCAAACUUAAGGAAGAAAUUGAGUCAUUAAGAAAAGAAAAAAAUGAAUCUGAGCUAAAUUUUGAUUCUUGCUUGAAGGAAUGGGAAGAAGAGCGUACUGACCUUGUUGAUAAGAUUAAAGUUUUGCAGGGUGAGGUCAAGUCUCAAGAUUGGGACAAGGAACAUGAUGAUCUUAUUAACAAGAUCAAAAUCUUGCAGGUUGAAGUUAAGGCUCAGUGGUCGGAAAAGGUCUCUAGGAUGAUUGGCUUUGGUAAAGCUCAUUCUAACAAAGAAGGAUUAGGGUAUGAAGUUGCCCAGAAGAUCAAAACCAAAUUUAGACUUCCAAACCCAUCAGAGAGUUUCUCAGGGCACAUUCGUCCUAGAUGUAAUUUGCUCCGCAGGGAAUCUCAAAAAUGCAGGAAACAGAAGGAACUCAGCUCUACAGCUUCUUUACAAGCUGAGUUGAAAGAACAUCUGAAGUUGAUAAACAGGAUUGCAGUGUGUAUUGCAAUCCCCAAAGAGCAGAAUUUGAAGCAGAAGCAAAUUUGGAUUAAAAAAGGUUCUAAUAAUUGUCUUUCUGCUCAUAUGGAUAAACUUGAUAACAUGUUUGAACUUGCUUCUGUUCCUAUUACACACAAAUUGGCUGAUUCGGUUACUAAGUCCUUAGACACAGCUCGAUUUGAAUCUCUUAGAAGCGACAUUGGUGGGUGCUCUAAGUAUUGA